GUGCAAAGCGGGGCGUCGCUGAGGCCGGAUGAGGAGAAUCCAAAGGGGAAGUUUGCUGGUUGUUGCCUGGGGUUGUGAGAGGAAGCGUUGGAGUGUGGGGGAUUUACCCCCCCUUAGGACGUUGCUAUGGGCAACCGAGGAAUGGAAGAGUUGAUUCCGCUGGUGAACAAGCUACAGGAUGCUUUCAGCUCUAUCGGACAAAGCUGCCACCUCGACCUGCCACAAAUCGCUGUGGUGGGUGGUCAAAGCGCGGGCAAGAGCUCCGUCCUGGAGAAUUUCGUCGGCCGAGAUUUCCUGCCCCGUGGUUCUGGAAUUGUUACCCGACGGCCUCUUAUCCUUCAGCUCAUCUUUUCUAAAACAGAAUAUGCAGAAUUUUUGCACUGCAAGUCUAAGAAGUUUACAGACUUUGAUGAAGUCCGGCAGGAGAUUGAAGCAGAGACUGAUAGGGUGACAGGAACGAACAAAGGCAUUUCUCCUAUUCCUAUUAACCUGAGGGUAUAUUCACCACAUGUGCUGAAUCUGACUCUGAUUGAUCUUCCGGGUAUCACUAAAGUGCCAGUGGGUGACCAACCCCAGGAUAUAGAGUACCAGAUCAAAGAUAUGAUUUUACAGUUCAUUAGCAGAGAGAGCAGCUUGAUUCUUGCUGUGACUCCAGCCAAUAUGGAUUUGGCCAACUCUGACGCACUCAAACUGGCUAAAGAAGUUGACCCACAGGGUCUAAGAACAAUUGGAGUAAUAACCAAGCUAGACCUGAUGGAUGAAGGAACUGAUGCCAGAGAUAUCUUGGAAAAUAAACUGUUGCCUCUGCGGAGAGGCUACAUUGGAGUUGUGAACCGGAGCCAGAAGGAUAUUGAUGGUAAGAAGGACAUCAGAGCAGCAUUGGCAGCUGAGCGCAAGUUCUUCCUUUCCCAUCCUGCUUACAGACACAUGGCUGAUCGCAUGGGAACUCCCCAUUUGCAGAAGGUCCUGAACCAGCAAUUGACAAACCAUAUCCGGGACACUCUGCCAUCCCUACGUAGCAAACUUCAGAGUCAGCUGCUGUCACUUGAAAAGGAGGUGGAAGAAUAUAAGAACUUUCGUCCUGAUGAUCCUACACGGAAAACCAAAGCCUUGCUGCAAAUGGUCCAACAGUUUGCAGUUGAUUUUGAGAAGAGAAUUGAAGGGUCUGGAGAUCAGGUGGAUACACUAGAACUCUCAGGUGGAGCCCGAAUAAAUCGCAUUUUUCAUGAGAGGUUCCCCUUUGAGUUGGUCAAGAUGGAGUUUGAUGAGAAAGAUUUGCGACGGGAAAUCAGCUAUGCAAUCAAAAACAUCCAUGGUAUAAGGACGGGGCUGUUCACACCAGACUUGGCAUUUGAAGCCAUUGUGAAAAAGCAGGUGGUGAAGCUGAAAGAGCCUUGUUUGAAGUGUGUCGACUUGGUUAUUCAGGAGUUAAUCAAUACAGUUAGACAGUGUACCAGUAAGCUUGGUUCCUAUCCCAGGCUGCGAGAAGAGACAGAGAGAAUUGUUACUACAUACAUCAGAGAACGUGAAGGAAAAACUAAGGACCAGAUUCUCCUGCUGAUUGACAUAGAGCUAUCCUAUAUCAACACAAAUCAUGAAGACUUUAUUGGAUUUGCCAAUGCGCAGCAAAGGAGCACCCAAGCAAAUAAGAAAAGAGCAAUUCCAAAUCAGGGUGAGAUACUGGUCAUCCGGCGAGGCUGGCUGACAAUCAACAACAUUAGCAUCAUGAAAGGGGGCUCCAAGGAAUAUUGGUUCAUCUUAACAGCAGAGAGUUUGUCUUGGUACAAGGAUGAAGAGGAGAAAGAAAAGAAAUAUAUGCUGCCUCUGGACAACCUAAAAAUAAGAGAUGUGGAGAAAGGUUUCAUGUCCAACAAGCAUGUCUUUGCCAUUUUUAAUACAGAACAAAGAAAUGUAUACAAAGAUCUGCGUCAGAUUGAACUUGCCUGCGAUUCUCAGGAAGACGUGGACAGCUGGAAGGCAUCCUUCCUUCGUGCUGGUGUUUAUCCUGAGAAAGACCAAGUAGAAAAUGAAGAUGGGGUUCAGGAAAAUACCUUUUCCAUGGAUCCUCAACUGGAACGCCAAGUAGAAACUAUUCGCAAUCUUGUUGAUUCAUAUGUUGGGAUCAUCAACAAAUCCAUCCGAGACCUUAUGCCAAAGACAAUAAUGCACCUAAUGAUAAAUAAUACCAAGGAAUUCAUCCACUCGGAGCUGCUGGCCUACCUGUACUCCUCUGCAGACCAAAACAGCUUGAUGGAGGAAUCAGCAGACCAGGCACAGCGCAGGGAUGACAUGUUGCGAAUGUACCAUGCCCUGAAGGAAGCACUGAACAUAAUUGGAGACAUUACUACCAGUACAGUUUCCACACCAGUUCCUCCUCCUGUGGAUGACACGUGGUUGCAGGCUGGGAGCAGUGGGCACAGCCCAACUUCACAGCGCAGGCCUCCUUCUACUGUGUUGCCUCCAGGGAGACCUCCAGCUGUGAGAGGCCCCAUGCCUGGCCCUCCCUUGAUUCCAGUGCCAGUAGCAGGCUCAUCCUCUUUUAUGGCACCACCCAUUCCUUCACGACCGCAAAGUGCAUUUAUUGCUAACAAUGACCCUUUCUCAGCCCCGCCUCAGAUUCCCUCACGACCGGCGCGUAUUCCACCUGGUAUCCCUCCAGGUGUACCCAGCAGAAGACCCCCUGCAGCACCGAACCGGCCCACCAUUAUCAGACCAACUGAGCCCUCCUUGUUAGAUUAACCACAAUCACUACCCAGAGGGGAAGGCAAUAUUGCUUGUUAACUAUCUUGUGGAGAGAACUCAUGCUUAAUUUUUUGUGUAAAAGAGCUCUUUGUAACUGGUCAGUUAUAGCCAAGGCCCAUUUUUCCCAUUUCUCCUCUUCCCUUUCCUUCCCACAAUAAUACAACCACGGCAACAGGUGUCAAGGAAUAGGUGCUGUCGGUUGGUUACCUGUAAAUAGCUCUGAGAGGCCAAGCAUUCCUGUAGUAUUUCUCUCUCUAUCCCUGGGUCUUGGCUAGGGAAGGAUUUGGUGACCAGUGUCUUCCCUUCUGGGAAGAGGGGGAUUGAUUUCUUCACGAUUUUUCAUGGUGGCCAUACCAGGCCCAUUCCACAUGGGAACAUGGAGGAUUCUGUUUUGUGGAAUUGUUUUGCACUUUGUUGGAAAUAGAGAAACAACCCCCUACUUGAGUGAUUGUGAUGAGAGUGCCUGUGAAUGUGUAAAAGUGGAGAGUUUGUAUUUCCACUAACACUUGUUAGAAUCUCCUUCUGCCAUUAAUGUUGAUUGGAUUUGUCUAUCUUCUCCACCACCCUUUAAUUUCUUUGUGUUAUAAUAUAUAUGAAAUCUCCUUCUUAGACUGCUUUACCUUUCCACCAUGACAUUUUAGUACAACAUUGAUCAAUUUAUUUCUAUAUAGCUCUGAAAAAUAAUGGAACUGCAAAUAAAAAAUGGCUAAUAAAUCCAAUAUAUGAAACUGGAGCAAGAUUUUACCAAACAGAAUAAUUGGAAGGAGGAAGGCACCAAGUUGUUUUUGAGCCUCAGGUAUAGUGCUGACUUCUAUGCCAUGCUACCCUUUGCACAACCAGUGAUUAUGCUUCAAUGGAAGCGGCAAUCUUAUGUUGCCAGCUACAGCCUGGGAUGAGCUUGAUGUAAUACCAGGGAAGACCAAUGGCCAGUUGCAGGGGAUGUCUUAGUCAUUUUAGAACUAUCACUUUAAUAUAAGAUUGGCCAGGAUGAUUACUCAGCCUCCUAUGGAGAAGUGGUAAGGGAGAGGCAGGAUUUCAAAAACUUUGCAAGAUUGUCAUCGUUUGCAGAGAUUACUACUGUGGAAAGACUUUCCUGUUUGCCUCAUGCAGGAGAUUUGUUUGUCCUUCAGUUCAGCUUGACUAUGUUCGCUUCUAGGUUGAGGCAGAUUCUUUAUGGCAAAUGCUGUCCCAAAAUAGAUUUCAUGGCACCAGUGAUUAAAGUUCCCUCUGUCCCACAGGAACUCAUAUAGGAGUCUGUGGUCUCUGAAAAGCAUUUUUUUUCAUGUUGGCUACUCCAUCUUUUGAAUCAUUAUUAUUCCAGGAGUUUGUGGAACAAGACUGGAGCCUUGUGAACAGACUAGUAAAGCACUCUGCCCUCCCUGGGCUGUGGUUGUAUAUAUUUCUUCAUAAAACAGACUGUAUUGAUACUUGUAUGAUUCUAGAUUUUUUAAAGUAAGACAGUUGCCCCCACCCACUCUCACUUGUACAAGUGUAUCAGGGAUACCUUUGCCCUUCCUGCGACAAGACAUAUGGAACAGCAAUACAAAAACACGUACCACCUGCCUUAAUGCUUCCUUCCAAUGACCUCUCCCUUUUUAUUUGACCUGGAACAGAAGUUGCUUGCCUCAUGUCCUAGAGUAUAUAACCUUUCCAGAGACAGUGCUAACUUUGUGCCUUUAUUAUUGCUUAAAUUCUAUGCCAUCUGCCUGAAUAACCAGCACUGUCUUCCUGUAAAUGUCCCUCUAUUGCCAAAGUCAUUACCAAGGGCUUUGAACCUCUUUUGCAGUACAAAAACUUCUCCAAAAACUGGUGCUUGCCUGGUAGCAUGGACUUCUACCUUAAUUCAUUUGUUCUGAUUUGUUGUCUCUUGACUCUUUGUUACCAUGUGUGAAGGGGUUAUUAUAUCUUCUCUCCAUCUUUAGAAGAAAAAAGCUCCCAGCAGUUUGAGAUAAGUGCCUCCAUUAUGUAUCCAAUUAAUAAACUAAAAUAAAGGGAAAUUCUGCUGGUGGAAGGUCUCUACCAAUUUGUGGUGUUGACUUUUUAUGCAUUUUUUAUUCUAUUAGUUCUCAACACAUACUUAAGGACUAUUGGGCUUGGAGUGAAUAGAAAAACGUAAGUUCAUGUUUCUCUUAACUAACUUCUGUCCAAAUAGCAAUAGCCUGAGUAAUCUCUGAUUUCUUGAGCCUGCUUGGUAUGAUUUCUGACCUGGAGGCAAGUAGUAUCUAGUAAAAGCAACUGAAUUUACAAUUACAGACUUAAUGACACUAAUGCAACUAAUACCUUUAUCCUACCUUUUGUAUGGAUGUUUACAGUUAUUCUUCCCCUUACUAUUUGUCAUCUCACAAUUAAAUUAUAGUGAUUAAACAAGUAUUUUAAAAGUGACUCUUGUAGGAUCUAGUGGGAUAUAUGGAGCAGGUCCACCUUGUAUUGCAGAACUUGACCAGCCUCUGUAGCAGAAAGACCAUUAAUAUAGAGAAAGGUGUUAGUUGCCUCUCUCAAAGGAAAUCCCCAUAUAGUGUUGCAGACAUAGAAGACCUUUCAACAAAUAGUAAGGAAUUCAUUCAGUUGCUCAUAUUGAAGGGUAAAUAUAUCUUUAAGUUACCCAAAUUUAUAAUUAUAGUUUCAUGUAUUUUAUGCAUAUAAUAAUCAUGAAAAAUAGUAGAUUUCAGACACAUAUUUUCUAAUAUAUUUUUGUAAUAUUCAAUUUAUUAUGAUGUUAAAUUUAUCUCUUACAAAUACAUAGAAUGGACUGAGCAAACAGAAGGGUUUUCCAAUCCAAAGUUAUAUCCCAAACUAGCACAUUUUGCCCAAUGUGUUACUGUUAUUUCUUCAUGCACUAUCUUGCUAAAGUAUUGCAGCUCUUACAAGCUUUCCAAUGGAUUAUGUCUAUGUAUAGUCCACUGUCCCAAUCAAUUGUAUGCCACAUCCAAUGACAUGUUAUACAUGUUUUAGAUUUCAUUUUUAUGAGUUUACAUUUUUGCUUUUAAAAAUAUUGUUAAUUUUUUUAAAAAUUGCCCAAAAUGCGUAAUACGUUUAGGUUGUGGAAUAAAACGUUGGGUUCCAUCCAUGGCUAAUUGGUUUAAUGGAUAAUAGGUCUCCUUAAGGGUGACUUUGGUUACAUCCACAAAUUAGUUAUGAUUAAUAAUUUCUUCUUCCCCAAAUACUUCCUAACAUUGUUGCAGUCUUUCCAAAAUAUAGGUGAAAUUGGAUCUGUCAGGUACAUCUCUAACCAUUUGUGUUAUAAUUAGAAUGGAGUAUUUACAUGAUUACUUAAAUUGAUGUAAAAAAAUUCUUAAAUGGUUGUUCCCAGUUAUUUGGACAAAGAUUUUAAAAUGUUUAUUUUUAUUACUUCUAAAAAAGGCUACCUUGUAUGUUUUACUCUUAUUUUAUUUGAGAGUUAAAAGGAAGCAUUCUAAAAUGAAAUUUGCAUUAUUUAAAAACUAAACUGUGGUUCAAAAAAUUAUUGUAUCCUCCUACAAUUGUAUGCAUGUUCAAUUGAGAUGACACCCUCAGAAGGAUUUUACAAUCCAUUUUCCUUCAUUUUCCUCUUUCAAGAAUUAAACCCACUAAUACAGUA